AUGUCUGACCAACCCACCAUCCGCCUCGCCACGGCAGAGGGUAAGAACCUCCGAUUGUCCAGCACACCCAACCUGGACGACCCCUCCAAGGCUAAAACAAAAAAGAGCCUCACUAACACUCUUGCAGACGUCCCGCUCAUCCUCCAAUUCAUCCGCGAGCUGGCCGACUACGAAAAAGCCCUCCACGAAGUCGAAGCCACCGUCGAGUCUCUCACCAACACCCUCUCAUUCCCCGCCGACCCACCCAAGCGCGGCUCAGUCUAUACAGCCCUAAUUACACCCCCGGCGUCGCCCGAGAACCCCACCCCGAUCCCGGUAGGAAUGGCAUUGUACUUCUACAACUACUCCACCUGGCGCUCCGCACCGGGGAUCUACCUCGAGGAUCUAUACGUGCAACCUGGUGCGCGCGGGAGGGGGUACGGAUUCAUGUUGUUGAAGUACCUCGCCAAGCAAGUGAUUGAGGUGAAGGGCAGACGGCUGGAAUGGAGUGUGUUGAAGUGGAACACACCUUCUAUUAAGUUCUAUGAGCAGGUUGGGGCCAAGGGCAUGGAAGAGUGGAUGAAGAUGAUGGUUGAGGGGGAUGCGUUGGAGAAAUUGGCGGAGGGUGCUUGA